ACGUUAUUCAAGUAAAUUUUACUUUUUCAAAUUUCCGGAGCCCGGCCGAAGGGGAAUGUGUUUUAUGCUGCAUUAUAUCAAACAUUGAAGAAUCUCACAUAGUCGAAGCCCCAGGACAGAAAAUGGAGUCCUGGGAGCUUGACCUGCCUGACUUUGAAGUCCCAACAUUUGAGUCACCCAAGGCAAAGAAGGAUGCCAGUUCUAAGCAGCAAGGUCGGCGCAGGUCCUUGCGCCUGCUAAAGAGGCAAUCCACUGAUGUUGGGGGAGAGUCGCCUGGAGUGGGGUUAGGCACUUAUUAUGAUGACAGUGCUGUUAUAGUCCCUGCAAAGGUCCAGAGAAGAAGAUCAACUAACAGAAGAAGCAGAGCAGCAGCACCACUGGAUCCUCCAAUUACUGAUCUGGAGAAUGAAAUAUCUGAGCAGGCUGAUAGAUCAGAGACAGUUAGUGUUUUACAGUCCAUUUAUGAUGAUGGAGAAGAUACAGAAAAUACAGAUACCAACCAGUGUACAGAGCCAAUAUUGUCUAGAGGGAGAAAAGUAAAUGGUGGAAAAAGUGGCAGGAGGCCAAAGGCCAGGGGUAAAAAGAAAUCUUGCAAAAAUUUGGACAGUAGGCCAAGUGAAGAAGAAUUGGAAACUAGGACAGAUUCUUUUUCCAGUGAAUUAUUGCAUCUCCAGACUGACAAAACUGACGUUGAGAAUAACCCUAUUCAAGAAUCUAUUGAUAUUGAACAACCUGUACUUAGGAAUGAUUGGGAAUCAGAAAAUGUGGAGAAGGACCACCAGGACUCGCAUUGUGAUGGAGAGACAGCUCCAGCUGCACAUCCUUCAAGUGAACUUAACAUCUCUGACUUAGGAACUGCAUUGGAGACUGUUAAUUUAUCUAGUAACAAAGACAUGGUUUUACCAGAUGAAUUCAGCGAUCUCGAACUUCCCUUCUGUGAGGAGGAAGAUCAGAAAUAUGAGAAAAAGGCAAAGAAGGAAAGUAGACGAUCCAAGAGACGAUCGUCUGAUUUUUAUGUGAUGGAACCAACAUAUUCAGUUGAAGAAGAACUGAAUGACAUUGACAUGAUAGAUUCAGUUGAGGAGGAAAUGGAAACAUGCAGAAAAUCUAAGAGACUGAAAAGAAAAUCUAUUGAGAUUUUCCGUCAGAGUAGCACUCCUAAAAAAGAUGAGUGGGAUGAAGAUGACCUUGACACUGCUGAGGAAACUUCGAAGAUUUGCUCAUCAGAUGAUCAAGAUAUGGAGAGCUUACCACAAAAAGAGAGCAUGGAUGUUUUGGAUGAAUGGGACAGUAAUAAUCUUAAGAGUCAAAUGUCAAGCAAAUGUCCAAAAGAGGCAAAAGGGAAACAGACACGAAAGAGAAAAAGUUCAGAACCAUCUGUAGAAGAGAUUUAUUUGAACAAGAAUUUUUCCAUGCCUCCAGCAAAAGUUUGGGAAACUAUUUUUGAAAAUCCACUAAAAAACAAAGCUGGUGUGGAACUGAUGACAAGUCUUAAAAAAAUGAGGCGGUCUAUACAGUUCAGCGAGUUUGCUGCACCGCCAUCAAAGACAAAGUCCAGACACAAGAAAGCAUUAGGCAUGGGUUGGAAACCACCCACAAAGAAAAGUUUAGAGAAAAUAGAAAAGUUGCUUGAAUCCAAACUUGCUGCUCUGGAUGCCUCUCUGCAGAGGAGUCCUUAUAACACAGUGCAUGAAGAAAUUGUUCCAAUGCAAGAGGAAGAUUUUAGCUCCCUUGACUCUGACGUGGACAGCACACUAGCUGCAUUGGCCACCUCUGUCAGCAGAAUGAGUGAUGUGUUCUUAGCAGAUGACGAGGAAAAGUUUGCUAGCUUAGACUCUCUUGUUGAGACAAAAGAACCAUCCAAUAACGAAUCAGAUACUGAGGAAGAUGACAGUGCCAAUAUUUGUGAAGAUAACAACAGGAAGAAUCUAGGUGGCAGUAAUGUAGUAAAUGAUGAAAUAGACAGCAAUGACAGCGCUUUGUUUGAAAACACAAACAGUAUUAGCCAUGAGGCUGGCAGAGCAGGUGCUGGAAUGAUUCACAUGGACAGUCCUCUAGAGGAACUGCCAGAAGAUGAAAUGAUUUCUGAAAAGGCUGAAGAAACAUAUGGUACAGCGAAUGCAAUUGCUACUGUUCCUACCAACGAACAAGAUCAAGAUGAUGUAUUUUUCACACCAAUGAAAUGGGCUCCACUUGGAGCCAAACCACCAAAUGAAUCACAUAAAAGUACAGUUUCUAGCUUGUCUGAUACAGACCUGACGUUCAGAACUUGCCGCUCCGAAACAAUUUCUGCCACUGAAACAGAUUAUGAAGUGUUUAAAACACCAAAAGCAGAAAGUAGGUGCAAUGUAAACCACUCUGCAGACAGUUUAGAGCAAUCUGAUAUAUCAGAGCAAUCUGAGAACAGUACAAGUUUUCAAGGGGAUGUUGAUAGUAUAGACUCCUCAGACCACUACAACUUAGAUACUAGUAAUAAUAGCCUGAACACUGCCAUGAUGAUGCUUUUAAACAGCAGCAAGGAGACAUCGUCCAGUGAGACAGAUGACUCCGAGUCAACACUGUCAUCUCUUCAGUCCCCCAGGGACGUUUUCUCCAUGAGUGGGGUGGGAGAUGCUCUUCUCAGUGAUGGAGAUGAAGAAGAAAAUGCUCUGCUGGAGGAAAGCUCGGCAAAUUCUUCCUCAUUUUCAGACUAUGAUAGUCCUGGAGAACUAUAUAGAGCCAGCCUACUGUUAGAUGUCCCACCCUGUGCUUCAGUAGAAAAGAAAAAUGCAUGCAUUUUAGCCAGAUCCUUGCAGCUCCUCUCCUACAGGAAGCUUGAGGAAAGUAGGUCACCUGUUUCUGAGAGUUCGAGAUCUACGCAGCAUGUUCAUUGGUCUAACCGACCGGUACAAAUGAUUUUAUAUGAUGACAGCAUUCAGUGCUCAAGUUUGGAUGACACUCUUUUAUACCCUGUUCCAGAGGCGCCACAAACCAAAUCAAGUGAUGGAGAAAACAUUUUAGGUCCUAGUCUGAACUCCUGGGAAUUGUAAAUCAG